AUGGAUCCCACAGCUCCAAUCGAGAGAGAAGCAUGCUAUCUCUCCCUGUCACCUAUCGCUCCAACGGUCUCUCCUUUCACAUCCCCUCCGCAGUCCCCUCGAGAUGAAAACUAUGAUUCCGAAGCCACCAUCGAGGACACAUCCAUCAUUAACGCUAGCGAUAGUGAUAGCGACAGGGAGAUUGAAUAUAACAACGAAGAAUACGAUGAUAACGACGGCGAGAACUACGACCAAGAUUACGAAGUGGAUACUGAAGAGGGCUAUAGAACCCAGGUUCCUGCUGAUACCCAAAUGGACGACUCACAACCCCGAUCUUCUCUCGCUCACCAGUCUGCGCCAAUUGGGUCGCUAUCCCAAGAUUUGAAAGUCUUUUUCGGUGAUGAUGACGAUGAAGAUAAUGAUAAUGAUGAUAAUAAUCAAUCCCACCAAGACCUUCGGGGUUACAUCCGACGUAGGCCUUUAGUCAAGGCUAACCCACCCCCUAGACGAUUUCGCGGCAAGUCCUACGGAGAGUACUAUGACGAAGACGACGACCUGUGCGAGUAUUCUUGCAUUAUUCCCGAUUCGAGUCUCCUUGAUCGACCUCAAAAUCAUGAGAUGGAGAUUGUAGCAGGCCCUGAAACAAACAAAGAGGCUGAAGCGGAAUCAACUAGAGACAAGCAUUUGGGUUUAGUCGAGGAAUUGGUUUACGAGACUAUUACUAUUCGCUAUGCUGAAAAUACAAACCUCGCCGCUUGCAUGGAACGUGGAAGAAAAUUGAAGGAAAGGAGAGUGCCAAGACCAAGGUAUAGGUCUGGAGAGCAAAAAAGACUUGAGGAAGUGACAGAAAUAUUGGAAAGAGUGAAGAAAGAGAGCGAAGGACGGAAGGAAAGGGAGAAGGAGGAAGAGAGGAUGCAAGCGAGUAUUCUUAUAACUAUGCAGGAGGGACACGGAGAGACAGAAGAAAAAGAAGAAGGAAAGCGACAGGAACCCCUAAAAAGGCUACCGAGGCUGAAGCUUAUAGUUAACAAGGACAAAGUCUCGAAAAGACGGUCCAAAGCAAAGCCCCAGGCUCGCUAA